GUCGAGCCACGACUGAUGACGAACUGGAAGAGAUGUUGGAAAGUGAUAAUCCAGCAAUAUUUACACAGGGGAUAGUGAUUGAAACGCAGAAAGCAAAACAGACGCUAGAGGACAUCGAGGCCAGGCAUGCGGACAUUAUAAAAUUGGAAAAAAGUAUCAAAGAACUUCAUGACAUGUUCAUGGAUAUGGCAAUGUUAGUGGAGAGCCAGGGAGAGAUGAUAGACAGGAUAGAAUAUAAUGUGCAGCAAUCAGUGGACUAUAUUGAUGCUGCAAAGAGGGACACCAAGAAAGCGGUGAAAUAUCAAAGUAAAUCAAGACGGUAUGAGACUGGUUAUGUACAUGAGGUAAGCUGCGAUAAAAUUGGAGUUGUAGCAAAGUGUUUUCCUACACUUCAAGCCUUGAAUUAUAAGACCAUUUGGAGGGAAGGGGCUCAGGUCCAAAAAUAUCGAGUAGUCGGUGGAGGGAGGAGAGGAAAACAUAACAAUUCGGUCGUAACUCGGUAAAAAGAGGUAAAGGGGUCUUUAAAAGAGUAAUAUUGCUAAAUUUAUUGUCUUUAGAUCUAGUACAGUAUGUGUAAUGCAUCAUUGAUGAAAUAGGUGUAAUGAUUUGGGUUAUUUCUUUUGGACUUCAUGUUGUAUGUAUAUAGAUAUAUUUCAAGCAUUUGUAUCUAUUUUUGCCACAAAUUCUCAAA